AUGUCAGGUGAAUUAACGAAUAGCGACUUUCGCCUGAUUUUUGACAACUACGAAAAGGAAAAGAAGGAAAAGGAAAACAAAUUAUUGCAGAAGGAACAAAAGAAGUUAGAAAGAAAACAAAAAUAUAUAACAAAAAAAAAAAAAAAUGAAGAAAAAGAAGAACAGAAAUAUCGAGACAGAGCAGAAGAAAGAAGAAAGGGCAUCGUAAAGGAUGUUAAGGAUGCAAGUGUAUUAUAUAACAAUGUGAAUAACACAAUUGAUGAAUCUAAAUUUAUGGGAGGUGAUGUUGAGCAUACACAUUUAGUAAAAGGUCUUGACUACGUACUUUUAAAUAAAGUUCGAAAUAAAUUAAUUGAUAAAAUAAGUUUAGAGAAGGAAAAAUUAAAAGGAAAUAAAACAAAUGAUAUUAGUUUAUCGAAUAGAAUACCGAAAUUUUCAAAUGAUGAAUCGAGACAUAUUUUUAAAUAUUUUUUUUUGUAUGAACACCCGCAUCAUAUACAUUUUAAAAAAAAAAUAGAGAACAUUUAUGAUAAUAUAACAAAUAAUAUGAAAUUUAAAAAUUACAACAAAAAUAUCCAUUCGGUUAAUUAUAAGUACAAUAUAAACAUGGAAGUUGAGAAAAACGAUAUACCUAUUAAGUAUAUAUAUAACGUAGACGAUAUAAAGAUGAAUUAUACUUAUCAUUUAAAACCACCAGUUUUAAAUGAAAUAGACUUAUGUUUUAAAUGGCAUAAGGAAAAUAAAAGAAAAAAAAAAAAUGAAAGAUUGCCAAAAAGACCACUAACAGCUAGCCUUUUUAAGCAGGAACAAACUUAUGAGAAUAUAGAUGAUGCCAAUGACGACAUCGAUAUUUUUAAGAACGAUGUCGAUGUGGUUAGUAGUGAUAUGAAGCGGUCCAAGGACACUACUACAAUUAAUGUUGCUUCCAACAGUAGUACUAAUUUGGGAAACGUUCACAACUUCAACAGCAAUGUAAAUGAAAAUAAUGACUCAGGUACCAAUCCAGAUGUUAGUUCUUUGGAAUCACAAAAGAAAAGUAAUAAGGACAAAUUCGAAAAAGAUGAAAAUAAAGAGAAACAAACGUAUAAAGAUGAUAACAUAAAUUUGUUUUAUUCUGGAAAUUUACCCGAUAAAUCAAAGAACAGAACUGUAAAUGAAAGUAAUAAGAAUAGCUUAACUGAAAAUGUGUUUGCAGACACAUAUGAUGAAUGUUAUCCAGAUUAUGGUAAUGGAGGCUUUUUUUAG